AGUUCUUAUUGCUCUUGUAGCAACUCGCUCUAUUCGCUAUUCAAAAUGGCGGCGGUGUGGCGUUCGCAGUGCGCAUUUGCGCGAAUUUUUGGAGGAAAAACUAAGCAAAUCUUGAACAACUCGACGGAUUCUGGUGUAAAACUUAUUGCUGCAUCACAAUCGUUAUCAGGAUCUCGCAGAAGUUACUCCAACUAUGCACAUUCUCCAUUCGUUGAAAAAGUAAAAGAACAAUAUGAUUUUGAAAUUGUGAAGAAUCCUGCUGAAUGGGAUUAUGUGCAGCGCUUGUUGCCUUUUGAAACUAUUCCAGAUGUUACGCCCAAAGAAAGCUAUCCGUCAGGAUGGAUAUCACCUAAGGAAGAAGCCAAGGAUUUACCAUUCUUUAUACCAAGAACAAAAAAUCAUAUGCUUCCCAUUUAUUUGAAAACUAUAAAUAGGGGGACAACGAAAUCGACAUUAAUAAGGAAAAUAGAAGGUGACAUUUGGCUUAUGAAUGAUGAAAUAAGAGCAUAUUUGAAGGAAAUGAAUAAUAAAUUCAUUCAAACUAGAGUCCAUGAAUUGGCCAGAUUUAUUGAGAUUAAGGGAGAUUAUGUUGAUGACGCCUCAAAAUGGGCCUACUCUAAAGGGUUUUAAAAUUGAAACUAUGUAGAAAUAUUAUGAAUAAAUAGUCUUGUAAUAA